CUCGGCCCGCCCGCGAGGCGGGGUCGGAGGGAUUCCCGCGCCGUGAGGGCUGUCGGCCAUGUCCCGCUUCUUGCAGGCGCUGUGCAGCGCCGGCCGGGCCCGGGCGGGAGGGCUGGGCGUGCAGGAGGAGGACGUGUCCCGCUGGGGGCUGACAGGCAUUAAGCUUCGUCCGUAUCAAUUAGAAGGCGUAAACUGGCUGGUGCAAUGCUACCAAGUCCAGCGUGGCUGUAUCCUGGGUGAUGAGAUGGGUCUUGGGAAGACUUGUCAGACUAUUUCUCUACUUCUUUAUUUGACAAAAAAAUUAACAAACAAAGAGAGAUCUCUGGUACUUUGUCCUCUGUCUGUUCUGAGCAACUGGAAGGAGGAACUGGAGAGGUUUGCUCCAGGUCUCUCCUUUGUGACGUACAUUGGCAGCAAGGAGGAGCGAUCCAAACUGCAGGAGAACCUGAAAAAGCAAUCUCACUUCCAUGUGCUCUUAACAACGUAUGAGAUUUGUCUGAAAGACGCAGCAUUUCUCAAAUUCUUUGACUGGGCUGCCUUGGUUGUAGAUGAAGCUCACAGACUGAAAAAUCAGAGCUCUCUGCUUUACGAGACACUUACUGAGUUCCCAGUCGGCUUCAGCCUGCUGCUCACAGGCACUCCAAUCCAGAACAGCCUCCAAGAACUGUACUCCUUACUCAGCUUUAUUGAACCUGAUAUUUUUCCUAGAAAACAAGUGAAAGAGUUUGUUGAGUAUUACCAAGCAAUUGAAAAGGAGAGUGAGCCAGCCAAAGAAUUGCACAGUCUUCUGCAACCAUUUUUGCUUCGAAGAGUCAAGUCUGAGGUGACUGCAGAGCUUCCAAAAAAGGUGGAAGUGGUUUUGUACCAUGGAAUGUCAGCUCUGCAGAGGAAGUACUACAAAGCUAUUUUGACAAAAGAUCUAGAUGCAUUUGAAGGUGGAACAGGAAAGAAGGUUACACUUCAGAAUGUCUUAACACAGCUUCGGAAGUGUGUUGCCCACCCAUACCUUUUCAAUGGUGUUGAGCCAGAGCCAUUUGAGAUUGGAGACCAUAUUGUUGAAGCCAGUGGCAAGCUAUGUUUGUUGGAUAAACUCCUUUCAUUCUUGUAUGCUGGUGGCCAUCGUGUCUUGCUCUUUUCUCAGAUGACUAAACUGCUUGACAUUCUGCAGGACUACAUGGACUAUAGAGGCUAUAGCUAUGAGCGGCUGGAUGGUUCCGUUAGAGGGGAAGAGAGGCACCUUGCCAUUAAGAACUUUGGUCAACAGCCCAUCUUUGUCUUCCUGCUGAGCACCAGAGCAGGAGGAGUUGGCAUGAACCUGACAGCAGCAGAUACAGUUAUUUUUACUGACAGUGAUUUUAACCCACAAAAUGACUUGCAAGCAAUAGCAAGAGCUCACCGGAUUGGGCAGCACAAGCCUGUAAAAAUUAUCCGCUUGAUUGGACGCGAUACAGUUGAAGAAAUAAUCUACCGAAGAGCUGCUUCCAAGCUUCGACUGACAAAUGCCAUUGUAGAGGGAGGUCAAUUUGCCUUGGGAGUGCACAAGCCUCAGGAAGCAUCAGAUUUACAGCUGAGUGAAAUCCUGAAAUUUGGCUUAGAUAAAUUGCUGUCCUCUGAAGGAAGUACUGUCCAGGAUGUGGAGCUGGAAAAUAUCCUUGGAGAGACAAAAGGAGGGAAGUGGGUAAUGGAUGUUGUUCUGCCAUGUGAAGAAGAGAGGAAAGAGGAUGAUACAGAAAAUCACAUAUAUGUGUAUGAAGGCAAAGAUUACUCAAAAGAACCCAGCAGAGAAGACAAAAAAGCAUUUGAUCAGCUUUUGGAUCUCCAGAAAGCCUUGACCGAAGAGACCAGUAAAGAAGGGAGAGCUCUCCGGAACAAAGCAAAUAUCCUUCUUACAGGCCUUCGGGAACAGUCAACCAGGAGGAAACACUUCCUGAGCACAGAGGAGCUGGAGGCUAGGAGGAAGAAGCGCCAAGAAGCAGCUGCAAAGAGAGCAAAGCUUAUGGAGGAAAGGAGGAAGGCAAAAGCAGAGGCAGAGCACAUGAAAAAGAUGGCCUGGUGGGAGUCAAAUCAUUACACAUCUACCUGUCUCCCUUCAGAGGAAAGUGAGUCUGGGGAAGAGUUUGAGGAGGGAGAGGCUGGGCUGAAUGUGGAUUUGGAUUACAGAGAUGUGGACCUGAACUGUAUCAAGUACGUCAUGGGAGAUGUCACCCACCCCAAAGCAGAUGAGGAGGAUGCCAUCAUUGUCCACUGCCUAGAUGACUCUGGCCGCUGGGGAAGGGGUGGUUUAUUUACAGCUCUGGAGGCUCGUUCUGAUCAGCCAAGAAAAAUAUAUGAAAUGGCAGGGAAGAUGAAAGACCUGCAGUUAGGAGGAACCUUGUUAUUCCCCAUUGACGAUAAAAAAUCCAGGAAAAAAGGACAAGACUUGUUGGCCUUGAUUGUAGCUCAGCACCGAGAUCGCUCCAACAACUUAUCUGGCAUUAAGCUGUCUGCUUUGGAAAAGGGCCUGAAGAAGAUUUAUUUAGCAGCUAAGAAAAGGAAUGCAUCAGUGCACUUUCCACGUAUUGGGUAUGCGACAAAAGAUUUCAACUGGUAUGGUACUGAGCGGCUCAUCCAGAAGUACUUGGCAACACGGGGUAUCCCCACACUCAUAUACUACUUUCCUAGGAAUAGAGGGUCUGCUUCACAGCCAUCUUCGUCAUCGAUAACAGUCUCAAAGCCAUGAAGAUGCAAAAUUUUAUUGAGAGACACGCACAAAAACCAAGGAUCUUUUAAACUUCAUGUAAAUAGUCUUCAGUGUGCAUCCACUUCAGAAACAUAUCUUACACAGCCAUUUCUUAUCUCUGUAUCUCUCUGCCUUUAUUGGUCAUAACAUUUAUAGAUUGUCAGUGGCUCUAGAGUGGAAUUACGCUGCUUCAGAGUUCAGAGAGACUUGGGAUGAAGAUGUUGGCUCAAUCCUAAAUCUGUUUUGAAGAUGGAAAAUUAAACUUUCACUGAUGGUCAGUUGUUAUCUCUUACAUUAUUUUAUUGCUGGGGCCUGGAAUACAGUAUCAUUUGGCCACUUUUUUUUCGUCUCUUUCAGAUUUCAUCCCUUGUCACACUGUACUUUUCUUCACCAGCUUUUAAUGGUUUCUUGGGACUGUCUAACUACACACAAACUUCUCAGUGGAAGGAAGGUGUCUCUAUUAAUGUCACCACAUGAUACCUGCACAGUGUAAACUGUUAUAUAUUGUUCCAGUUCCCCAGAAGCCCAAUUGACUUGCAUUUGUUCAAAUAUAAAAUUUAACCACAUAAUGAUGCACUUACAAUCUAGCAGAAUUCUGACCAGAAUUCUUGGCAGAGGCUUACAAGGCUGCUGAAAUUUGAGACUGGUUUUGUAAAUGACAACCUUCCCACAACUGCUUUUGCAUUACACAGUUCUUUGACUGCUACAGCUGUCGUGCAAAACCAGUUCCUCAUUUGCUGGCCAGAAUGCUGUGUGAAAGGUACCACGACCCUCUAAUCCAAUUAAAGGAAAUCUUAAUGCAGGUUUUUUGAUGUUGCCUUUACUCUGUUGCACAGAUCUUUCCUGAUUUUUGUGCUAUUGGCACUGUUGGCUUUAGCAACAACAGUAGCUCUUGUAGCAGGUGUUUUGUCCAGAAAGAAAGACAGUGAAGUGCCAAACUUAAUUCAUUGGUAAGCUCGGCUUCCAAAAGGAAGUCACCCCACAAGCAAUGGAAAGUAUGUCUUUAAAUAUCUAAUUGCCAACACACUUUUCACUUGUUGAAUUUACACUGCCUCUGAAGCAAUAUCUGGUUACUUAACAUCAAGCUUGACAUUUUACAUGGCUCAUCUGGCUGACUGAUGUGCUCCACGCUUUGAAGGAGCACCAGGAAAGCUGAAGUGAUUCAUUAUCUUCUUUGACCCUGCUGAAACUAGUGCUGCAAAGCCUCACUGUGGGUAAGACCUUUCCUUCGGCUUCUCAGAGGAAUAAUCCUUGUGCAUUUGGCAAAGGGCUUGUGGGAUCAGAGUCUGACUGUGAAGUGUUUCUGGGGUGAAAAGUGGUGAAUAGAUGUACAGGACGUUGUUCACUCCUUAGGUGAACUGGCACUCUUCCAGCUGGCCGGCUGGUGGCACUGUUAAUCAGCUGCAGCGGCACACGUUGCUCUUCGGCCUCCUCUCAGAGAGCAGGGCCAUGAACUCCUGCCUGGAAAAAUACUACCUCUUUGCCAGAAUGAGAGUGUCAGUUAUGCUUUUCUCUUGGUUAGCUUCAGUGAACGCUUAAUAUGUAAUUUCGGCCUGAAGACUCAAGGCUCUGUUCCUCUACCUCUUAAUUUCCUAGUGUUCCAGCGUGUGCAGAUUUGUUCCUCGGCCACAUGUGCACCUGUGGCCAAGUCUUAGCCCAGCUACAGGUUCUCUGGCCACCAUGCAGUUACAUGUGGCCGAAGUUUGUAAGUACUGAGCAUACCCUGUACAACCACUACAGCCAGGUAUUCCUAUUUGAGACCUCAUGCUUUCCUUUGUUUCUGUGAGAAGUUGGGGCUCUGCCCCUUUCCUGUGCCCCCACCCUUUAGCACAUCUGACUGGAGUUAUUAAGGAGAGGAGGGCAUGAUUACUUAGCUAUUAAUGUCCCUUGCCCUCUAAGGUAAGGUACAUGGGGGGUUGAAUGUAUCCUGUCAUGUGCAGAAGAUGGUCUGCAGGGCAGAUUCUAGUCCUCUAACUUACAGACAAGUCAGUCAACAGACAUUGUUUUCCCCUUCUACUCUUCUUGGCUUGUGAUCUACCUUAUCUUUUGCUUUUAAAUCUACCUAGGAUGUGUUUCUGGAGUGGUAUUUUUUCCUUUUUGAACAAUAGUCUUCAAGUCUACAGAACCCAAAGGAAAGUUCUACCUUCAACUGCCUUAAAAUUGAAGUAAGAUCUCAGCUGAAUCCUGAACUGAGUUUUGUAGGAUCUCUGCCAAAUGAAGCUUUCCUAGUUUGCUACCCACCACCAUUUCUUUUAAUUUGGGCAGACAUUGUGUAUUUUGGAUGAUGAAUUCCGUAAAGGGCUCUGUAGCUUUUUUGCUAGUUGCUAUGCAAAAUAAAUGUCAUGCUGUUUCUUCA